CUAGAUUUACUGCUCAGUCUCUACCCCAGUGGCGCAUUCAGUGUUUUAAUUCAACAUUUUUCACACUACUGCCACUUCAACUGCAUACCCCCACCCUCCCAUCACACAUGCGCUUUCCUGCCUACCAUAGAGACCACCCUCCGCUCCAUCCAGCCCCCCAACUCCCCUCCACCUCCUUCCCCUCCUCCGCCUCCUCCUCUCCACCAGGGACCAGGGAGGUUUUCAGCACUUGCCACGGCAGCUCGCAAUGGACAGCACCACAAAGGCUCAGUGAUCCCUGACGCUUGACAGAAACCACAGUUGACAGGCAAUCUCAGCGUUCAGUAGGGAUAUCUAGAGAAAGUGGGGAAGUGAGACAGAGGAAAAGUAAGCGGGAGUGCUUUGUGGACUAUCCCAUAAAAAUAAAUAAGGGUUUGAACCUGCAACCCAAACAUAUUUCACACAUAUCUUGCUCUAAAACAGAAUUAGCACAAUGGAAGAAGACAUGGAUGAGGGGCAGACCCAGAAAGGAUGCCUUGAGUGCUGCAUCAAAUGUCUGGGUGGGAUCCCAUACCCAUCCCUCAUAGCCACCAUCUUGCUGUACGCGGGCGUGGCUCUGUUCUGCGGCUGCGGACACGAGGCCCUGUCUGGCACCGUCACCAUCCUCCAGAACUACUUUGAGGUGGUGCGGAGCCCUGUGGAUGCACUGGACGUCUUUACCAUGAUUGACAUUAUCAAGUAUGUGAUCUACGGCAUCGCUUCAGCUUUCUUCGUCUACGGCAUCCUGCUGAUGGUGGAGGGCUUCUUCACCAGUGGAGCCAUCAAAGACCUGUAUGGAGACUUCAAGAUCACCACCUGUGGACGCUGUGUCAGCGCCUGGUUCAUCAUGUUGACGUACAUCUUCAUGUUGGCUUGGCUCGGAGUGACUGCUUUCACCUCCCUCCCAGUCUUCAUAUAUUUCAACAUCUGGAAUAUCUGCCAAAAUGCUACUGUGCUGGAGGGAGCCACACUCUGCCUGGACCCACGCCAGUAUGGUCUUGUGCCAAUCAAUGAGGUGAAGACAGUGUGUGCUGGAACGGAGAAAUUCUACAAGAUGUGUGAAUCCAAUGAGCUGGACAUGACUUUCCACCUGUUCAUCUGUGCUCUCGCUGGAGCAGGAGCUGCUGUUAUCGCCAUGAUCCACUACUUGAUGGUGCUGUCUGCUAACUGGGCCUACGUGAAGGACGCCUGCCGAAUGCAGAAGUACGAGGACAUCAAGUCAAAGGAAGAGCAAGAGCUUCAUGACAUCCACUCCACUCGCUCCAAGGAGCGCCUCAAUGCCUACACAUAAAGACCAGCAUGAGGCCUGGCCCUGCCACUCCGGCCUCUCUCCCUCUUUCUCUCUUCUGUCUUUCUAUCUAUCUCUCUCUACCAUCCCCUCCCGAGGGGAGGGGGCGGAUGGCGCCUAGGGCCCUCGCCACUGCUGAUGUCACUGGUGCGUCAUAUGACAAUGUGGUCUGGGGGGGUGACGUCACACAAACCUCCUCAGUCACAAACAGCAUUUCAGAUGAAAAAAAGCCCCUUUACCUCUCUCAUGGAUGGUGUUAUGAUUAUCAUUAUGGCAGUUCUAUUAUUCUUGAUACAAGUCGUUUAGUGCUGAUAGUAGUUUUAGUGUACUUUGUAGAAUCAGAAGUAGCAGUAGUAUUUCAGCUUUUUUUACUCGAUCAUUUGCAUUUGAUUGUUUUAUUUUUCUUGAAUUUCUAUUUGAUGAUCUAAGUGUUAUUUUUGCUCUCAUGCAUAAUUUAUUUUUUUUGCUGAUUUCUGAGAGGGUCAACAGGGGCUUAAAAAGGGUUUUCAAGCACAUUUCUCAUGUCGUGUGUCUGGAGAUUUCAUGUUCAAGAACUAUGUACUGUAUGUGAACGGGUGGUUAGUUUAAAAAAAAACAAAAAACAUUUUAAAUCUCAAAAUGCAACCAUGGAGCAUCGUAAGCCUUUGUCAUACUAGUAUUCCCAGGGAUUAAAAGUGCUUUCACAUGAAAGUAAUUCAAUCUGUUUUUCUAUUUGAAGUCAUACUAUACCGAGGCAACACAAUAAUAAAUACCAAAUCCUAAGAGUAAAAUGAGUAUUUGCUAGAUGUGCCAAGCCUGUUAAACAGGAAACAGUGACUUUGAUAGAAAUCAAAGACGUGAUUAGUAGAUUAAAAUUAAAUUGUGGGUUAUUUUAUGAUAAUCUUGCCAGUUAAAAUGUAUUUUAGGACUGUGAAUGAUUCCACAAAAGCCACAAAAGCACAUGCGAACAUGCUUUCAUAACCCCUUUUUUAAUUUGUUAAAAGUGGAACUUUAUAAAUACUAAACUCCUGUUUUUUGUUUGUUUGUUUUUUUCUGCACUGUAUAUACUGAUAUAUCACCUCUAUGUUAAGCACUGACAUUUAAGGACAAUUCAUGUGUGAAUGGGAAGAGAUCACUGUGGGUCAGUCCACUCUGCAUCAAUCAGUCUCAACCCGAAAAAGAAACUCAGAUCAUAAAACCUUUAGUGUUGGUACUCCUCAGUGGAAUUAACAGAUGUGAGAAAAGUGUGUGUGUCACAGUAGUUUUGUUCAUGACAGUAACUGUAUUGCAUUACACAUCUCAAUGCCAUACGAAUACAACUGUGGCCUGUUAGUUCAUUGCCUGGCAAAAUUUUGUUUUGUCAGUAUUUUCCAAAAGCUACUUUCAUGCACUUAUUUGACCAUUUCUGUGCUCUCUCUAGAUGUAAGCGCAUUGGUGUUCAACUCAAAGUUGGAUAACUGUACUGUUAGUAAAGACUGUGAAUUUAGAUGUUUUUCGUGGCAUGGACAUGCAUUAAUAUAGUCUUAUCGACUCAAAAGUUACUUUAUUUCACUUUAUUUUUACACUUCUGACUGUCUUGCUGGAUCAACCCUUUGUUUAUAUGUGCAGUACUAAACCUCUCACGCUUACCGCGUUAUGCUACUGAUAUUAGAGACUGUAGUCUUUGAGUUGUGUCUAUUUAGUUUGUGAUGAGCUCUCAACCAUGUCUUAAAAACUAAUACUUGUACCAACAUUGCUUAAACUGUAAUGAUCUGAAAAGAUGCUUUCAGCUUUCUCCUCGUAUUAGUCUUUUGUAAUUUCACUACGAAUGCUUAGUAGCAGGCUUUAAAUCGAAUCUGUUUUGUACAUUCAUGUGCCAACAGCUUGAAGUGGCUUAUUUGACCUGUAUGAUCAAAUUUGCUUGCAUUAAUAAAAUUCACUUGUGUACUUGUUAAUAAAUA